ACUGUUUCAGAUCAGAGAUCAAACUAUGUAUCAAAAAUUUCACAAGUAAAUACAACAUGCAGUUUUGAAAUGGUGCUCUGACUGAGGAACAGAUCUAGCCAAACCAGCAUAGCUCUACGAGAAAAACACAAUUCCCCCACCAUUUUUUAAAAUCUCUUUUCCUAUUGUUUAACUCCACUCUUCCGAGAGGUAAAAUGAACCAGAACGAUACCCAGUGACGUACAGACCUCACUUGCUUCGGUAAAGUUCAGUGCCAAAUGGCAUCAGAGUUUCAAAAGAUGGCAAAGACCUUUCUCAUAUUCGUCAAACAUCUUGAUACCUCCUAAAGACUUUUGGCAAAAUGUCACGUAGACUAAGAAAACAGAGGUGUUUCAUUUCUGACACUACAGUGCAAAAGUAAAAUGCAUUUUAUCUUGCAAAAAAAAAUAAAACAUAGCAGCAGUUUCUAAUUGAGGUCACUCUUUCAGGAUGGCAAAUGGUGGAUUUGUCUUUAUUAAGACUCCCUACCGAGGAGUGGAAACAACAAUAAGACCCCUCUACAGUAGUAGGGAUCUAAUAUUGGCACUGAGGGCAGCUGCUGUGCUGUCUCCUGUAAUUUUAGAGCACACUGAUGCGGAGGAAAGAUUUAAUGGGUAUUGGUCAGCGUACUCUCUUGUGAAGGCGUAAGGGAAACCAACAGAACGAGCGAGCAGAGAGGGAGGGCAGAGAGGGAGAGGACGGUGAGGAGAGGAGCCGAGAGGGGAAGGCAGAGUUUCAAGGCUGCUGUGGCUCAGACGUAAAGUCGGGCAACUAUCUGUGGCAGCAUGACUCUCCUCGCUGUUGGACUGUGUCUGCCACUGUGGUUUUCUUUGUGCCUGGCUCAGUCCUCGUUUCUGGACAGCUUCCUGUCAUUCCCAGCAGCUCUCAGGUCCCAGGAGCAGCAGAAGAGAUUUAACCCAUGCUGUUUACUGAGUCCUCCACCGCCCCCGCUCUUUCCUCCACCCCCUUCACUUUGGCGCCGCCACACACUUGAAGAAGACGGUUCACGUCGUGGCAGCGAGUCUGGCCAUAAGAGUAAAGGUUCUGCCUGUGCCCAGGGCCCUCCUGGCCCCGCUGGACCGCCUGGGCCUCAGGGUCCCCCUGGAUUUCCUGGAAUGAGAGGGCCUAAAGGAGAAAAAGGAGAAAUCGGAAGACCCGGGCAAAAGGGUCGGACUGGGCCUCCUGGGCUUCCUGGGCAACAGGGACCAGCAGGAUGGCCGGGACCACCUGGGGACAAAGGUGAGAAAGGUGACCCGGGUUUGAUGGGUUUGCCCGGAUCUAGAGGACCAAUGGGGCCAAGGGUACGAUCCACACAUAAAGCAUUG